CAACCUGCUAUCGAUGAAGACAACAACACCAUACUACUUCAAGCGCUUUAAAAAUGUUAAAAAAGAAACUUGAAUAUAAAAUAACAACAAAUCCCACUCCAAAUACCAGCCAUAAUGUGGUUGAUACAAAUAGAAAUGAGGUAUUAAAAGUUUCGCCAUACUUUGCCCCCUCCUUUUGGGAACAAUUCUAUGGUUGGGAAUGUCAACUGAAUGGGUCAUUACGUUUGCUGACACCUGUUCCGGAGAUAAAGCAUAUUUACAACCCCGUGGAAUAUGCGGCACAGGUGCAUUGUGAAUAUCUAAAACGAUUUUUAAAGGGACCAAAGAUGGUGAUGUUUAUUGGCAUGAAUCCGGGAGCGGAUGGCAUGGGACAAAAUGGGGUUCCCUUUGGCAAUAUAUCCACUGUACGGGACAUCAUGAAUUUGAAUGGCCUUAUCUCUGAGCCACCAAACCAACAUCCCAAAAGACCCAUUAAAGGAUUCGACUGUACCAAAGAGGAGCCAAGUGGCAAACGUUUAUGGACACUCUUUCAGAAACUAUCAUAUGAUUCAUUAGAUGUCUUCUUCCAGCUUUGUUUUGUGCACAAUUUUUGCCCAUUGAUGUUUUUCGAUGCUCAGGGGCGCAAUAUAACACCAAGCGAAUUGAAGGGUCCCUACAAAAAGCACAUACAAGAUACUUGUCUUCGCACCACCGAAGCGCAAUUGCAUUUAAUACAACCUGAAAUAAUUAUAGCCGUUGGUGACUAUGUAUUCAGAACUCUGAAGCAGUCCGAAUAUUGUAAAAACAAACGUCUAUUGCGUUUGGAUCAUCCCAGUCCACGAUCGCUAAACAACACCAAUUGGCCGGAGAAAGCGGAAAAGUUUCUGCGAGAGAAUGAUCUAUUGAAGUAUUUGAGAAAUGAAGUUAAUAUUGAUUGAACUUAAUUUUAUUCUGAGCUGAGCUCGGUAUUGUGCAAAUAUGGUAUUAUUUUAAGUUUUUAAGACAUGAAGUAUUAUAUUUUAAGUUUUGUUUUGUAAUCUUUAAAGCAUUAUUAACCAAUAUUAAAAACAUGAACUUUUUUAUUUUCAUAAUGUAUGAUUGACAGAAAA